GGAGUUUUAUUUUGAAAUGUGCAGCCGGAAGUCGCCUCCUCCUGGCCUCACCUCUGCGCUGCACGCCCCGCUCAGCAGCAGCUGCACGCUCUCUCACGUCGUCCAGUGUUUGAGUAUAAACCUCCUCCUCUCGGUCUGACUGAGCGAGCAGAGCUGAACGUGUGCGGUGGUAAUGGCUGCCAGGGAGACUGAGGAGGAAGACAACAAAUGAACCGAGGAGAAGAGACUCAAAGUGAGGACUAGGAUGGUAAGCAGCCAGCCGAAGUACGAGCUGAUCCAGGAGGUGGGGCGUGGCAGUUACGGCGUGGUCUAUGAGGCGGUAGUGAAGCGCACUGGGGCCCGGGUGGCGGUGAAGAAGAUCCGCUGCCACUCCCCAGAGAAUGUGGAGCUGGCGCUGCGCGAGUUCUGGGCCCUCAGCAGCAUCCAAAGCCAGCACCCGAACGUCAUCCACCUGGAGGAGUGCAUCCUGCAGCGGGACCAGCUGGCCCAGAGGAUGAACCAUGGCUCCAGCUCCCCGCUCUACUUGGAGCUGGUGGAGACGUCUCUGAAAGGCGAGAUCACAUUCGACCCGUGCUGUGCCUACUACCUGUGGUUCGUCAUGGACUUCUGUGACGGCGGCGACAUGAACGCCUACCUGCUGUCCCGCAAGCCCAGCCGCAAGACCAACACCAGCUUCAUGCUGCAGCUUGGCAGCGCCCUGGCCUUCCUGCACCGCAACCAGAUCAUACACCGCGACCUCAAACCGGACAACAUCCUCAUCUCCCAGGCCUGCACGCCGACCGGCUCGUGCGAGCCCACCCUCAAAGUGGCCGACUUCGGGCUGAGCAAGGUCUGCUCCACCUCCGGGCUCAACCCGGAGGAGCCGGCCAGCGUCAACAAGUGUUUCCUGUCCACGGCGUGCGGGACGGACUUCUACAUGGCGCCGGAGGUCUGGGAGGGCCACUACACGGCCAAAGCGGACAUCUUCGCCCUGGGGAUAAUCAUCUGGGCCAUGGUGGAGCGCAUCACCUUCGUGGACGUGGAGACUCAGAAGGAGCUGCUGGGGAGCUACGUGCAGCAGGGCUCAGAGAUUGUACCCUUAGGGGAGGCCCUGCUGGAGAACCCAAAGAUGGAGCUGCUGAUCCCCGCCAGGAAAAAGAGCAUGAACAGCCACAUGAAGCAGCUGAUCAGGGAUAUGCUGUCGGCCAACCCUCAGGAACGGCCCGACGCCUUUGAACUGGAGCUCAGACUGGUUCGCAUCGCCUGCAGAGAGCUGGACUGGGACACGUGAUGGACGAGCGAAACGGCGCCACAGACUCAGCCGAUCAAGCACAUGUACAUCAGCCGCUGUCAAUCUAGAUCACAUAGCCGGGGAUUAUCGUUUUGUUUUUUUUAAAACUCGGGAACAAUAAUUAGAAUAGUCAUUGUUUGUAUCAUGGCUUAACUUCAUCCACUGUCCAAGCACAUACAGUCCUCUACUAGCUGUGUCUUUUAUAUUGGAGGGGAGAGGUGUGACACCCACCGCUGCUGCUGCUCCAAAUUGCAGCUUAGUCUCAGGCUAAUCACAUCACAGCUUCCACUUCCUCCUUACAGAAUCACUCGAGCGUGCUGGAAGAGCAAAAUGACCCCAAAAAGUCCUGGAUUCAAUUAGAAGAGAAAGUCAAAGUGACACUGAGACAGUUUGUCUACAAAUAACCAUCUCGGACUCGGUGCUAAUUGUUACUAAAUGCAAUAUGAGACAUUAUCCUGUGAUCAUUACAGCGUACAUUUUAUCCAAAGGGCCAACAUUAUAAGACACAAUAUGUUGAAUGUUGGAAGGCUUUGACAGAACCUGACUUACAAACGGAUUUCAGCCUGGUACGUGACCACCAGCAUUCAUAUUUACAUCAAGAUUCGAUUCUGUUUUUGGCAUUAAAUGCUCAGGUAAUAAAAAAACAUGCAGCUGAUGGUAUUUGUAGACAAACAUCUAUUAUCACGGUCACUUUUCUCAGUAGUUUUGGAGGGGAAACAUACCAAACUUUGGUGCUUUUUUUCUUUCUACAGGCUGCUUCGUCGGUUGAGUGGGUGGGGGACAUUUUAUCGGUUAGUGACCAGCCAGCAGGUGCUUGUGGUUGCAUUUUUUUCCCUCUUUCUGCCCAUUACAGACUUCAAGAUAAGUUGAGUGGUCCCAGACACGCCCCUAACCAGUAUACCAGAAUGUAUAACCCAUCAAGACAGGUCACCUUUAUUUUGUACAGAGCCUUAAACACAAAACACUUCACACAGUUAAUGAGGAAGAGGGCUUAAAUGAUCAUACUGGUUUAUUACAACUUGGUUCAUAUACUUUCAUAGUUUUAGUUUUAACAACUGCCAAUAUAUUCCCUGUAGUUUUUGCUGGGAGAUGUGUUCAAGCAGCGAGUUUGCUGCGUUCCACAAGCUCUCUUUUAGUCUUUUUUAGUCUAAUAAAUAAACACAUGAUGUCAACAAAGGAUCAAAGAAAAGGAAAUAUUCUUACACCUAUUCUCCUUAAACAGAAAAAUACAACCGUACACCUUGUGAAUUUCUAUUUGUUACUAAAAGACUAACACCAAAUUCACACCAGAGCAACGUCAAAGUACGGCCUGUGGCGAGCUGCCAUGCAAUGUCUAUGAAAAGCUGCGGUGGCCGCUCCUGAGCUCAGCGAGAGGACACGCAGCCAAUCAGUAAACAGAUCCUGUGACUUCUGUGACAUGUUACAAAAAAUGUAGUACCCACCUGAAACACAUAAACACGCCUCCCGGCUGCAGAAAAAAUGUAAUUAUUGCGUUUGCCGCUAUCUGGAGUGAAUACGGCGUAACGUUAGCUUAAUUGCCUCGUUAACUUAUUGUAAAACACACUUCAUUCAAACUCGACAAAUAAAAUAAAACUCCCCCAAAACUGUCUUCCGCUGUUCCAACAAUCACCAACUCUGGUUGGUUGAAAUAAACCCCUUAAUUCACAAAGUUAGAUGUGAAAAUAUGCCGGCUCUGCGAGCUGUUUUACACCGCUGGCUCUCUUUCUGCCCGCUGAGCAGCAGCUCUCGCUCGUUCGUCCGAGGCAGACCAUUAAGUUAGCAAAAUAGGAUGACAAAAAUCACCCCAAAAAAACAACAGGCAAUAAACUCAGCCAAACGGCCUUUAUGCUCUUCUAAUUACCCAGCCCUACAUUGUGUUAUUUGACCCGUCGCUAAGCAUCUUAAGUGUCUAUGCCUGUUAAACUUAAUAUUUUAGUGUGGCAUGAAUACAGUUUACAGUGAUUAGCCGUGGCACAUUUACCACUCCAAAUGUGUGGUAAUUUCAUUUUAGACCGAAAUAGAUAAAACCACCUUCUCAUUUUUAGUAGGUGAUCUUCGAUUUCGCUGGCUGAAACGACAGCUGUCAUGGCAAGAUAUUAUUAGCUGUAGCUA